AUGCGUCUUUUGCGAUACAGUGACACCGGUGAUCUAAGUCUCAUUCAGUUUGACGACGAGGCCAUUCCCACUUAUGCGAUACUUUCGCCUACAUGGGGAGCAGACACCGAGGAGGUCACCUUCAAAGACCUGACAAACGGCACUGGCAAGGAUAAGCCUGGCUACAAGAAGAUUCGAUUUUGCGCAGAACAAGCUUCAAGAGAUGGACUAGAAUACUUCUGGAUCGAUACUUGCUGCAUCGACAAAGAAAACCAAGCUGAGCACUCGCUGGCCAUCGCCUCUAUGGCUCUCUGGUAUCGCAACGCGAAACACUGCUACGUCUAU